UCCAGCUUCCGCCCUUGCAAAAGCCACCUUUGAAUUUCCCGGGCUGCUACUUGAAUGCCUGGGAAGGAGUGGGCAGCAAUGGAAAGAAACUCUUGAUGCUUUCUUCACUAUCACCGUGUGGUGGAGGGAAAAGAUCCAUCAUGAGGCCUGUUCAGGAUCCCCCAGUGUCCUUCGAAGAGGUGGCUGUGCAUUUCACCCUGGGUGAGUGGGCCCUGCUACGCCCAGCCCAGAGAGCUCUCUACAAGGAAGUCAUGCUGGAGAAUUAUGGGAAUGUGGCCUCUCUGGGACCAGUGAUGACCAAACCUGACCUCAUUUCCUGGCUGGAAGGUGAAGAAGAGCAUUUCUUAUCGUUCUCGGCUGAAGAGAAAGGAUUGGCAGCCAGAGAUAUGCAGAGAAUUCAAGGAGAGGCAAUUUUUUUUAAAAGCCUGGAGUGUGGGAGAAAGCUCAGUUGGAGUGAUGUUACUUCUCAUCAAAGAACUCAUAGAGGGGAGAAAGCACAUAACUGCCUGGAUCACGACAGCAGCUUUCAUCAGAGUGGACGGCCGACUUCACAUCAAAGAAGCCACAAAGGGAAGAAACCAUAUAACUACCCCAAAUGCGGGGAAAGCUUCAAACAAAAUGGAAGCUUUAUGUAUUAUAGGAGAAUCCAUACAGGACAGAAGCCAAAUAUAUGCCUGGAGUCCUUUAGUAGCAAAGGAGGCCUUCCUUACCAUGAAAGAAUUCACAUAGGGGAGAAGCCUUCUAAAUGUCUAGAGUGUGGGAAAAGCUUUCUACGGAAGGGUACUUUAAAUUUCCAUCGAAGUAUUCACACAGGAGAGAAACCAUACAAAUGCCUGGAGUGUGGGAAAAGCUUUCUAUGGAAGAAUUCUUUAAUUUCCCACCAAAGAAUUCACACGGGAGAUAAGCCGUAUAAAUGCCUUGAGUGUGGGAAAACUUUUAGUCGUAAGUUAAGCCUCACUCACCAUGACAGAAUUCACAAAGGGGAGAAACCAUAUAAAUGUCUGGAGUGUGGGAAUAGCUUUGUAAGAAAAGAUACACUAACUUCCCAUCAAAGAAUUCAUACAGGGGAGAAACCAUAUAAAUGCCUGGAGUGUGGGAAAAGCUUUCUACGGAAGAAUGCUUUAAUUUCCCACCAAAGAAUUCACACGGGAGAAAAGCCGUAUAAAUGCCUUGAGUGUGGGAAAACUUUUAGUCGUAAGUUAAGCCUGACUUACCAUGACAGAAUUCACAAAGGAGAGAAACCAUAUAAAUGUCUGGAGUGUGGGAAAGCCUUUUGUCGCAAGGUAAGUCUCACUUACCAUGAAAGAAGUCAUACUGGGGAGAAACCAUAUAAUUGUUUGGAGUGUGGGAAAAGCUUUCCAUGGAAGAAAAUUUUAAUUUCCCACCAAAGAAUUCACAAGGGAGAAAAGCCAUAUCAAUGCCUUGAGUGUGGGAGAGCUUUUAGUCGUAAGUUAAGCCUCACUUACCAUGACAGAAUUCACAAAGGGGAGAAACCAUAUAAAUGUCUGGAGUGUGGGAAAAGCUUUCAGCAGAACGGUAAGUUAACUUCCCAUCAAAGAAUUCACACAGGAGAGAAGCCAUAUAAAUGUUUGGAGUGUGAAAAGUGCUUUAGUAGCAAAGGAGGCCUUACUCGCCAUGAGGGAAUUCAUACAGGAGAGAAACCAUAUAAAUGUCUAGAGUGUGGGAAAAGCUUUCUACGGAAGGGUUCUUUAAUUUUCCACCAAAGAAGUCACACAGGAGAGAAGCCAUAUAAAUGCCUUAAGUGUGGGAAAGCUUUUAGUCGUAAAAUAAGUCUCAAUUACCAUGACAGAAUCCACACAAGGGAGAAACUAUAUAAUUGUCUGGAGUGUGGGAAAAGCUUUCAACAGAACAGUACAUUAACUUCCCAUCAAAGAAUUCACACAGGAGAGAAGCCAUAUAAAUGUUUGGAGUGUGGAUGGUGUUUCCGUUACAAAGGAAACCUUACUUGCCAUGAGAGAAUUCAUACAGGGGAGAAACCAUAUAAAUGUCUACAGUGUGAGGAAAGGUUUCUAUGGCAAGGUACUUUAAAUCGCCAUAAAAAAAUUCACACAGGAGAGAAGCCCCAUAAAUGCAUGAGUGCGGGAACGCCUUAAGUAGCAAGAUGAGCCACACAUACCAUGACAGAUUUCACACAGGAAAAACCAUAUAAAUGAGAGUGUAAAAGAAGCUUCCGACAGAACAGUGUUAACUUUCCAUCAAAAAAUUCACACUACAGGGAACCCAUAUAGAUGCCUGCAAUGUGGAAAGUGUUUUAGUAGCAACGGAGGCCUUACAUACGGUGACAAAAUUUAUACAGUGGAGAAACCAUAUAAAUGCUGCAGUGUGGGAAAAGCUUUCGAGAGAAGAAUAUGUUAACAUUUCAUCAAAGAAUUCACAAGGGGAGAACCCGAAUAUAUGCUUGGGGUGUUGAAAAGGCUUUAGGCAUAAAAGAAGCCUUACCAUAAGCAAAUUCACACUGGGGAGAGACCAUGUACAUGCCAGGAAUAUGGGAAAAGUUUUACAUCAAACAAUUCACACUGGAGAAACCAUAUAGAUGAUGAGUGUGGACAAGGCUUUCAGGGGAGAAUGCACAGAGCGUGGAAAAUUCUUCAGUUCUAAGAGUAGACUUGGAUGCCAUGAAAGAAUGCACAUUGAGGAGAAAGUGGCAUGUGGAAAGACAUUCCAUCAAAGAAAAGUAGACCGGGAAAUUAGCCUGAUUUCUGGCAUUAGAGUGCUGUCUAAGACUAUUCUGUUUCAAUUGAAAAGAGAGAGGUUCCUAUCUAGAUAGCUGAAGAAGUGAGCUGUGACUCAGGAAAGCUCAUACCUUGCCACAAAUUUAGUCUUCCAGAUGCUCCAGUUCUUUUUUAACUGAUGUAGACAGACUUAACAUGGCUACCCACUGCAUCUGUCUCACACCUAAAUCUAAUAAAAUAAAAUAUGUAAGAAUUGUGAGGGUCAUCUUCCUUUUGUUUUGUGGGACGUUCCCUCAGCUGGGAGCCACAUGCAUGAAUCGUUCUCUGUGUGUUGCUCUCUCUCACCCAUUAUCUUUCCACAGAUGAGCAAAGCAGUUGCAAUAGAUCAUAUUGAGAGAAGCAGUCCUGUAGCUCUGUAGACCUUAAGCCCUAAGACUUUGUCAGUAAUAGUCAGCACCUUGACAUAAACUGGAAAACGGAACAGUCGCCAAUGGAGCAACUUAAGAUACGUUUCGUUCUGUGCCUCACCCCAAAUUCUAAUCAAGCUGGAGAUUCUGACUUCAAGGGUAGACCCAUGUAGAAUAUAUUACAGUAGACUGGAUGCCUGGUUAACUGUGGCUUUGUAUUGAUUCUAUCCUGAGCAUCACUGCCUCUAAAAUUCCCUGUAUUCUGAGAAUAAUCAAGUAUUAUGCUUCAAUAAACUAUAUACUUAGUUAAA